UGGUCGCUUUACUCAUGUGUCCCGGCUUUUUGAAUAAGUACUUUCAACUAGAUAAGUAAACAAUGUCUUCCAGCAACGGUGAAACAACUGUUCGGAUUAAACCACGACUGGGAUUUUUUAAUGGUGUUUGUGUCAAUGUUGGAAUUAUUAUUGGAUCUGGUAUUUUCCUUUCACCUAAAGGAAUCUUCGAAAGUAUUAAUUCCGUUGGAAUGUCGCUGAUAGUAUGGAUUUUAUGUGGUGCCUUUUCGGCAAUAGGAGCGAUAUGCUUCGCCGAGCUUGGCCUGGCUCUUCCACUGUACGGUGGAACAUAUGUUUACAUUCGUGAAGCAUUUGGCAGUCUUUUAGGCUUUUUAUACCAGUGGACAAGUAUCGUAAUCUUAAUUCCUUCAUCCACUGCUAUCAUUGCGUUAACUUUCGCUGAGUAUGUUUUGCAACCAUUCUUCACAACUGUCUGUCCAAUACCACCAGUGUGUAUUAAAUUGUUGGGUCUGAUUGGUGUAGUAACAAUGACUUACAUAAACUGCAUUAGCGUCCGCUCUGCGACCAGGAUGCAGGAUGCCCUCACUGUUGCUAAAAUCAUUGCUCUUCUCAUCAUCACCAUUACUGGAUUUGUCAACCUCAUCAAAGUUGGUGGAGUAGGCAGUUUUGAAAACUCAUUUUCUGACAUAAGCUGGAAAGGUUUGGGAGCUGCUUUCUAUUCAGGCCUUUGGUCCUACUCUGGAUGGAACUGUUUGAAUUUUAUGACAGAAGAAAUGAAAAACCCCAAAAGAGACUUGCCGAGGGCUAUUGUUGCUGGUCUAUUCAUUUGUGUGGUUAUCUACAUCUUAACAAAUGUUGCAUAUUUUUCCGUCCUAACAACUGAUGAAAUCCUAAUAUCGAAUGCAGUCGCAGUGACAUUCGGUGAAAAGGCUCUUGCCCAGUUUGCGUGGAUCAUCCCGGUUUCUGUGGCGUUGUCCACACUCGGCUCCAUCAACGGCACUCUCCUAGCCAUCUCAAGAUUAUAUUUUGCUGGAGCUAGAGAUGGCAUGCUUCCCAGUAUUAUUGCAAUGAUCAACCUAAGAUUCAAGACCCCACUUCCAUCUCUACUGAUCACGUGCAUAACUACUCUCGUUUAUGUAUUUGUUGAAGACGUUUGGAUGUUAAUAAAUUUCUUUAGUUUUGUUGAAUGGAGUUCCAGUGGUCUUGCUGUGGCAGCACUUCUGUACAUGAGAAGUCAACGUCCUGAUAUUGUUAAACCGCUUAAGGUGAACUUGGCGUUGCCGAUCAUUUUUGUUGUAUCAUGUAUAGCAUUAGUCAUUCUUGGAGCAAUAUCGGAUCCUCUUGACACCUUGAUUGGUUUCAUUAUAACAUUGAGUGGUAUACCAGUCUACUAUCUUACCAUUCAUAAAAGGAUCUCAUGCAUUUCAACUCUAUCCAAACACACAACACACUUUUUGCAAAAAAUUCUUCGUGUAGCUGGUGAGGAUGUAGGGAAGCAAGAGAAAAUCGAAACGUGAUUUAUAUAUAAUUUAUUUAUACAUUUUUUAAAUUAAUUUGAAUUUAAUUACACUAUUUUAAUUUGGGAUUUACUUUAUAUUUUCACUCAUGCUAACUGUAUAAGAGUGGUAUUAUUUUGUCUGUCUGUCUGUAGUUUAACUAAUUUUAUUUACUUUUAACAAAGUUUUGAUUUUGAAAUGCCAUUAUUCAAUGAAAUUUUCAAAAUAUAAAGCAUAUCUUUUGUUACACCCUCUCAAGCACCAAGCCCCCCCCCCAAAAUAAAAAAAUCAAAAGUGUGCUAAGUUAUCAGUAUAAUAUUAAAAUGUAUUUUUGCAACAAAAAUCUGAACCAAAGAUGCGACUAGUAAAACAAAAUGCACAAUUGGUAUUUUACCAGAUUUUAUUUAUAUUUUAAUAAAAUAAAAUUUAAUUAAUAUUACCAAACAAUUAUAUUAUUUAUCUGGAUACCUCUACUGACUAAGUUUUUGCUGCUUGAAACUGUCUCUUGCUAGAGACCAAGAGAAAAAUUAAAAUAUAUUAAGAUGCAGUGGCGUAACGUCUAUGGGCUCUAGGGGUUAAAGCAUUUGGGCUCAAUCAAAAGACCCAAGAGGGGCUUUUCCUACUACUUGUACAUAAAAAACUAAAACUUACGCCAAAAAACUAGAAAAUUGAAACAAUGUAUUUUCUGGUACUUAACUCACAAAUGUCAUGAGAACUCACAUGACAAUAAAUACUCAAACCAAAUGUGCUCCACAGCCAGACUCCACUACAGACUAAAAUUUGAAUAGUCCGCAAUAACGAAAAGAUGUGUACAGUACUAGUAAUCACAUAGUAUACCAAUCAAUAGUAAAUAUAACAGGUUAUGGUAUGUUGAUAUUGUACUGCGAAUGGGCCCCUCGGCCACUUUUGUUACACCGAAGUGCAUGGGUCCCCAUUACUUUCUCGCCCUGGGCCCUGUGUCUCAUUCGUUACUGUCGAGAUGCAAAGAUUGUUAAUGUAAUCUAAGAUGUGAAAUACAGUGUUUAACUAUAAUAGUUACACUCUGAUCUUGCCAUGUGGUGGAAACUUUAUGUUAUGGUUUCAAAAUGUUGUUAUGCAUACAUAAUAUGUAUUAAAAAUGAACCAUAUA